AUGCAGUUUCCUCUUGAGCCCCCCACUCCUCUCUUCGCCGCUGAUGAUUCUUCUUCCGCCCCACCAUCUCCCCGCGCAGACAGCACCACCCUCUCAAAGGACGUCUCCCUUUCUGUCAACUAUCUACCUAACAAGUUUGCUUCUGGCUUGCUCUCUCCUACUCCUCGCAGACGUAGAUCAGGGAAGGCCAAUGAUGAUCAUCCCGCCAUGCACAAGAGAGGCGGCGGUAGGGAGGCCUUCAAGAGUGGUGAGGCACGCAUGCCUGCAGAAGGCGAUGAAGACUACGACGGCGUCACCGGUGGUUGGUUCGGUGGCAAAGAAGGUGGUCACACCCGUCCCCACAUGCACUGGAACAGGUUCAAAUGGGCACUCUUCAUUGCCAAUCUUGCAUUAUCCGUAUACGGCCUUGCGGGCCUCAUUUUCUGUCUUCUUACAUGGUUUGACGUCUUCGAACACGCAGACAUCAUUCGCGUAGGCAACCGAACAGAACUCGUUUUCUCCACAGCCGCUGCCGUCCUUGCCUCGCUUACUUCCAUAAUCGGAUGGGCUGGCAUCCUCCUCAAUAACCGCUCUUUCCUAGCAGUUUACACUUUCACUCUCUGGCUUUGCUUUGCCCUCCUCGUCACCCCCGGUUAUAUGACCUAUAAACAACGUACAUUUAACCUCGAAGGCAAGCUAAAUUCCCAGUGGUCUCGCGAACUCGGCGCAGCCGGCCGUCUCAGGAUCCAAAACAAGCUCCAUUGCUGUGGAUAUUACUCCCCCUUCGUCGAAGCUACUGUCUCCCAAAGCUGUUACGCUCGCUCCAUCCUCCCGGGAUGCAAAGAGGCAUACGUCAACUUUGAGAAACGCGCCUUGGACUUCUGGUACACUAUCGCUUUCUCCCUGGUGCCGCUCCAGCUCGUGAUCAUGCUCGCUGGUCUCUUAUGCUCAAACCACAUAACCUACCGCUUCGGUAAAGGGAUGAUGCCCAAGGCCUAUAGGCUCAGCAUGGCAAGUAUGGCUGUCAUUAUGGAUAACUAUGCCAACCAACUGGCGGAACAGUACGGCACCGAAAUCGCGUCCGAUAUCGUAGCGCGGUCUCGGCACCUUGAUUCUGUGACAUAUGCCUCCGGCGUUGCGAACGGGACAGGCACAACAUAUGCACUUUCUCAAGGCAGGUACGAUUCACUGGCGGUGAAGUCGCCCUAUACCGAGAGAAUGUGA